AUGACCCCAUUUCAGGCCUUAUAUGGUUAUCCACCUUCUCAAUUAGGCAUGGAUGCCUUGGAAACCCCAGUGGCCGCCGUAGAACAAUGGUUGGGGGACAAAAAGAAGUGGAACGACUUGCUAAAGGAAAACUUUGUAAAAGCUCAGAAUCGAAUGAAGCAGUUUGCUGAUAAGGUCAGGAGUGAAAGGAGCUUUCAGGUAGGAGACUUAGUUUAUUUGAAGUUGCAACCUUACAAGCAAACAUCAGUAGCAAUUAGAAGGAACCUGAAGCUAUCCUCCAAAUACUAUGAACGCUACAGAGUUCUACAGAAAGUGAGAAAUGCUGCCUAUACAUUGGAGUUGCCAUCUAGUUCAUUGAUCCAUCCAACCUUCCAUGUUUCAUUACUUAAACCUUCAACUAAGAUUCAUGAAGUAUCUAAGGAACUUCCCUUAACUACUACAGAUGGACUGUGA